UUGGAUUGUGAUGGGCUGGGAAAGGUUGAUGAGGAAGAUCUGCUUCGGGGCAUGUGAAACACCGUGCGCGUGGUCGUCGGAGUUCCUGGCCGUUCGUCGUCAGAAGGGCGUUGCGUUCUAACACUUCUGCUUGGAUUGUUUGAAGUAUCGUGCUGUUUGCAGGAUGUCCGAGACGUUGGUGCCAGAUGUCGUCGGGAGCGCGGUGACCGGGCGAGCGGUGGUAGAUGUCGGCGUUGGAGAAGAACGCGACGACCGAGGCGGGACUUCGACAAGCUUCUCGUGUGGCGAGCAUAAGUUGGUCUGCUUCGGUUGGCUGUCCUCGUGUCGCUGGUGGUGGUACUCGGCUGGGUCCUGCUGCCGAUACUGCAGGUAUGGUGUUGGAGUGCCAGAAGCCGUCGCUGUCGAAGUCGGGAUCAAGAUCUGGCGGAUGAGUCCAGGCGGCGAAGGAUACGAUACCGUCGCUGUCGGCAGUUCCGCGGUCGGG